CAUAUCUCUAUGGUUCCGUGUCAGGUCAAUCAUCAAGGUUUUAUCUUUGUUUUUUCAACCCUUUUGACUAUCUACUACCUUUGUUUAUUCAUAAACAAAGCUACUACUACAAUCAAAGUUCAACACAUAUAUUAAUCAUAACAAUGAUCUAAUUCUAUUUGUAAACAAAGUGUACUUUUACUUCUGUGGAAUGACCUCGGAGUGCAAAGCUGAAGUUAUUAAUGAUUCUAAUUUUGAAUACAAGAAACAAUCUAUCAUCAAUUUAUUUUCAAAACAAGGAGAUUGUUCAUAUGUUUCUUGUUAUUGUGAAGAAAAUGUCUACAAAUUAUGUCAAGAUGUAAAUAAGCGUAAUCCAAAUGAAGUAACGAAAUGUUAUGUAGCAUUUAUUUCUAAUCUGAGCAGAACUGUACCUCUUUGGAGACAACGAGCUGGAAAAGAUGAUGGCAAACUUGUCGUUUGGGACUAUCAUGUGAUAUUUUUAUAUCAUCCGGAAGUUGAUCGAUGUUUAGUUUAUGAUUUGGAUUCUGAAUUACCAUUUCCCACCUACAUACACAAAUAUGUUACGGAAACAUUUCGCACAGACCAAAUCCUCAAACCAGAUUACUUUAGAUUUUUCAGAAUAAUACAGGCUAUAGAAUUUCUUCGAGAUUUUGCUUCAGACAGAAGGCAUAUGAAACGUUCAGAUGGAAGUUGGAUUAAACCACCUCCAAAUUAUCCAGCCAUUUCAUCAUCCGGUAAUAUUUUAUCUCAAAUAAUUUUCCUCUUAUUAAUUUUUUUAGUUUCCUCACACAACUUGGAAGACUACAUUCAAAUGGAUUCAACUAAAGGACCCGGUCACGUUUUAAGUUUAGCACAAUUUGUAAAACAUUUUUAUAAACCUACUUCAUAAAUGUUGGAAUAUUUAGCUGUAGCUCUUUUAGCAAUGACAAGGAACUACAUUAAUCAAUUAAUCUGUGUUGUGUGAUUCUUUGAUCAAUUGUAUUUAUGUAAUUAUAGAUCUUGCAGCUUACUUCACUAUAAUAUACACAAGUCUAAGUAACCACUGCUGCAGCAACUGAUGGUGACAACUUUGUUGUUAAAACAUGUUCCAUCUGCUAAUAUAUUAUUGAGGUUUA